AGAGAUACACACGCUCAUCUCCCAGCAUCAGCAGCACAGCUAUAUAACCUCAGCAUCACGCAGCUCGUCACAAUACACUCCGCAGGAACCGCCACGCACGGAGGAGAGCAUGUAACUCCCGUCACAAAGGACACACCGCAAGAAACAGGGUUUGAUCAUGACAAAGUCCUACUUAGAAGACAGCGAGAUGCCGGAGUCCCAGAAUACUGCAAACUGGACUGACGAGCGUCUUGACGAUCACGAAAUGGAAAAGAAAAACGGACAAAUGGAAACGAUCACUAAGGAUGGUGAUGACGAUGAAGAUGCGAUCAAAGGACUUGAAUAUGAUGAUGAGGAAGAAGAUGAGGAGGAGGAGGACGACGACGAUAAGCCCAAGAGACGUGGACCCAAAAAGAAGAAAAUGACAAAAGCUCGGCUGCAGAGGUUCAAACUGAGGCGCGUGAAGGCGAAUGCGCGAGAGAGGAACCGCAUGCACGGGCUCAAUGACGCGCUUGAGAGUUUGCGUAAAGUUGUGCCAUGUUACUCGAAAACCCAGAAACUGUCGAAAAUUGAAACACUGAGGCUGGCGAAAAAUUAUAUAUGGGCUCUCUCAGAGAUCUUGCGUUCGGGUAAAAGUCCGGAUCUGAUGUCCUUUGUGCAGGCCCUAUGCAAAGGAUUGUCCCAGCCAACCACUAAUUUGGUAGCAGGGUGUCUCCAGCUGAACCCCAGAACUUUCCUUCCAGAACAGAGUCAGGAAAUACCCUCCCACAUGCAAACAGCAAGUGCUUCCUUCACCUCGCACCCCUACUCCUAUCAAAACCCUGGUCUUCCCAGCCCUCCGUAUGGUACAAUGGACAGCUCCCAUAUCUUUCAUGUCAAGCCGCAUUCGUACGGAAGCGCUCUCGAACCGUUCUUUGAAACCCCCCUGACGGACUGCACCAGCCCCUCCUUCGACGGACCCCUGAGCCCACCUCUGAGCGUGAACGGGAACUUUUCCUUCAAACACGAGUCCUCUUCAGAGUUCGAGAAGAACUACGCCUUCAGCAUGCACUACCCGGGGGCGGGUCUGGCGGGAGCUCAGGGCCACGCUUCCCUUUACGGAGGCGCCGCGCAGCGCUGCGACAUCCCCAUGGAGAACAUAAUGGCAUACGAUGGUCAUUCUCACCACGAGAGAAUCAUGAACGCGCAGCUUAGUGCUAUAUUCCACGAGUAAUUGGUUACUUAACGAGAAGAAACGGCCACAGACUUCUGGUUAAGCGUUCACGCAUUCGGGUAUCGGUAAUACAAAAGUGGAAAUUAUCACACGCUUAAACUCAUGUAUGUAUUGUUGUUACUGCCUUUAGGAGAAGUGGGGACGCACAUUCCUACUGACUCAUUAUAUUUUGCGCUUCUACGCGGGUCACAAUCAAAAACUGAAGUGGCCAUAUUCAGAAUGCGUAUAUUAUAUGAAUCAUGUAACAAAAUCACGAGCAAUAAUUAGGAAACUAUGCAAUUUUAAACGAAUAACGGGCCAAUCAAGAAAAUGAAGAUUUAUAUUUUUCAACCAGCAUUUUACUACAGAUCUAUCCCAUACUGAAUUAUUUUGUUGUGAUUUUGUACAGAAUUGUUAUUUAAAUUUUAUAAAAAUCGAUUUGUUGUUUCAUCCCACGCGGCUCCAUUACUGUCCUGUAAAAUAUAACAUUAUCUCUUGUUUAUACAAAUCAGUGAUGACGAUAGUAAUAAAGUAACGCGCAGACGAGUGCUUAAAUCUGCUGUGUUGCCUUAGCAUUUCUUUAUUUCAAAUCAUGCACCUCAAAGCACAAUUUUGACAAUGGGAUUUCCCUCAGAACUGAUCAAAUUUGCAUCGGUGGACAUGACAGCGCUGGAAGUUCAUUAUUGCUAUUGGGUGAAUGGAUAUAUAGGCCUAUAUAUACCUGCUAAGUAAUUUAAAUAGAUUAAUUAACGCAUUAUGAUCACUGGAAAUAUGCACCCAAGCUAUUUAUUUCGUGAUUCAUCUUUGUGUCCAUCUUAAUAUGCUGUUACGACAGGUGUUUUUUUUUUUUUAUAAAACGGUAUUAUCAUAAAUGUAGAACGAGGAGGUUUCUUUUUAAAUUUCAAAAUAAUAAAACAUGGUACGUGAUACUUGCAGAUGACAAGGUUGUGUAGUAAUUCCUCAAUAUUUAGCACAAUAGAUGCUGCAUGUCUGAUGCAGCCCAGACUAAUCGAAGUGUUCAGACGAUUCGUCUUGAAUGUAUUUGUACUCUGUAUUUCCUGUAGGCCUGUAUGGUGUGAUGUAUUGCAGCAGCGUAUUGCAACUUCAAAUAAUAUUUCUGAACCGGUUAUGAUACAGAGCCUAAUCAAGACUGGGUCAGAAAUCUGCGUGUCUCUUACAAUGUGAUUUAUUUGUGCAUACUUCCCAUGGGAUUUUUCUGAUUACGUUUGCAACGCGCAAAUUAUUAUUUGUACAAUAAAUUCAAUUAUGACAAUUUUGGCAUUACUAUUUUGUUAACCCGUUGAUUGUACAUUCUAAAGUCCUUAACAUGUGGAAACGUCAGUGCGUUUAGUGGACUUCAGUGCGUUUUCUGAAGGUUUG